CGAAGUAUAGCGCGAAGCUUUAUAUUUCGCGAGUUAUCUAGAUAAAGCGCUCGUUAAUGCUCAAUCGAAGGGUUAAAUCUGUGUGAAGUGUUGUGUGAUGAAUGGUUGUUGGCAGAAGUUUCGCAAUCAGACAGUUUCAAAGCAAAAAGGCCCCGGUGUGAAGGAUAAUUAGGAAGUGGUAAAAGAAAGGGUUCAAGGGAUACAAAUUGGAUACACGCUCCUGACCUAUUGAGUGCCCCUUCUCAUUUGCGGGGUUCUUAAUUGUGGCAGCUGAAGGAGAAGAAGAAAGUCCUAAAUAUCUACCCAGGCUUUUUAUAUCCUCUUGCGAGAUUGCCGUAAGACAGUAUAUAAUUCUUCAAGACCACGCAUUCGAUGUGGGAAAAGCCUCCUACGGGCAUGUUCUCACUCUGGCAGCAGUAACUUGGCGGUGUCAGUGAAGUUAGGAGGGGGUGGAGGCCGCCCGGGAACGCAAUAAAAUGUGAAUUGAGCCACUUAGUGUGACAAGAGUGACAAGAUGAACUGGCUUGGAAUUCACAGCGAUGCGGGGGGGUCCCAAUUCGUACUGCAUAUCAAUGCACUCCCAUCUUAAUCGCGCCGGAAGGCCAAAUUAAUCAUGAAUAUCCUCCCGGAAGGGGACGCGGAGGUGGACAACAGCACCGCCCUGGACUGGCUGGCGGGCAAUGGCACUCUCAUGCCCGCCAAUGAGAUGGGGUACUUUAAGAACCUCUGUCUCUACACCUACAAUCCCACAGACGAGAUCGUCACGUUCCAGUUCUGGGUCUGCGGCGUCGUGCUCAAUAUUGUGGGUGUUCUUGGCAUUCUGGGGAAUGUACUCUCCAUGGUGAUCCUCUCUCGGCCCCAAAUGCGCUCCAGCAUCAAUUAUCUCCUGAUCGGACUGGCGCGCUGUGACAUCGUUCUCAUCUUAACCUCCGUCCUGCUCUUCGGCAUUCCCAGCAUUUAUCCCUACACCGGCUACCUCUUCUUUUACCACUACUACAUCUAUCCUAACAUAUCACCCUACGUUUUUCCUAUCGCCAUGGUCGCUCAGACGGCCAGCAUCUACCUCACAUUCACCGUCACACUGGAACGCUUUGUGGCCGUUUGUCAUCCGCUCCAGGUUCGCGCACUCUGCACAUAUGGUCGAGCUAAACUCUAUGUCGUGGUGUGCAUUGUCUUUGCCAUCUUGUACAACUUACCACGAUUCUGGGAAGUCAGAGUGCAGGAAUUUGACUUCAAGGGUGGCGUUGUAUACUGCGUGACUGCAUCAGAGAUGCGCUUGGAUACUUACUACAUUGAAAUCUACAUUCACUGGCUGUACUUGAUCUUCAUCUACGUUCUCCCUUUUAGUCAGCUUGCAAUUCUCAACUCUUUAAUUUACGCUCAAGUGCGUCGGGCGAAUCGAGAACGCCAACGUCUGAGUCGGACGGAGAAACGCGAGAUUGGCCUAGCUACCAUGCUUAUUUGCGUGGUUAUAGUGUUCUUCCUCUGCAACGUCCUCGCGAUGAUCAACAACAUUAUGGAGGCGUUCUAUGCCACUACAAAUGACUAUCUGGUCAACGCAUCCAACCUACUCGUCACCAUCAACUCCAGUGUCAACUUUAUCAUCUACGUGAUCUUCGGGGAGAAGUUCAAGAGGAUUUUUUUAACGCUAUUCUGCAAGGGACGCAUAGGCCGUGAGUCGCCAGAUGGACUAAUUCAUGAUGAUAGCUCCUUCUCCAAUGGAGAUGGCAAUCACAGGAAUUCGGGGCGGUUUCAGCGGCACGGCACAACGAGAAGCAGCACGCGAAGCAACGGAACGAGCCUGAGGAUCACCAGGUCCGUUCGAGUCCGCGCCCCCUCGCCGGGUCCAUGCGUCUACUACCCGGCGAGGGACUUUAAGCCGCGCGGAGGCUUAGUAGCGCGAAGUGUCUCUGUGCAGAAUUGUGACUGGGAACGUGAUACUGUGGUCAAUGGCAAUGGGCUAGUGUCUACCACUGGCUUCUAAGCACUGUGUAUAUAUUGUAAAAAGAAGGGUAAAAGUCUAUGCAGAGAGAUUUUAAGUGUUCUGUGAUGAUAUCACAUCGAGAUGUGUUUUAAAAGGGUGGCCAUGAACCGUCUCAAGGGGCCGAGAAAAGCUCCUCUUGAGAAAAAUGUUCAAUCCCGAGAAAAUUCUAUCAGACAAUGAAAUAGGAAAGCUUUUAUUGUGUCUCCAAAGCCAAUAAGAGAAAUGGAUUCUUUUUUUUUGUAAAAAAAAACAGUGUGAAAAGAAGAUUAAACAGCAAAAAUAAAAUUAGGAGUUACAAAUUCACUGGAAUGAGAAUUAAUUCCAUCUUCUUCAUCGGGGCAGAUA